AGAGCCACGUGCAAGAGGUUUUAUAUAUAAUAGGAAUAUACACGGAACUCUGGGAUAUAAUCUCCUCUCAGGGCACAUGGUUAUCGAAUAUACAAUUUCUAGCUAGCCGAAGACAUACUGAGUCGAGAUUUAAAAUCAAGGAAAAUGUCUGCUUCCAAUUCGCCCUCGAAGCAACCGGCGCAAAUUCCCAAAUCACUCCGUUUCCUUUUCGGAGGAACGGCAGGGAUGGGAGCCACUUUAUUUGUUCAGCCUCUUGACCUUAUCAAGAACCGCAUGCAGCUAAGUGGGGAAGGUGGUAAAGCCAGAGAACACAAAACUAGUUUUCAUGCAAUCAGAUCAAUAAUAAAAAAGGAAGGAUUAUUUGGUCUCUAUACUGGCUUAUCUGCUGGGCUUCUUCGUCAAGCUUCUUAUACUACUGUUCGGAUGGGAGUGUACACGUCACUUUUUGAAACAAUUUCAAAAGAUGGAAAACCACCAAACUUUUUUAUGAAAGCUACAAUUGGCAUGACAGCAGGGGCAGUUGGAGCUUUUUUUGGAACACCUGCAGAAAUUUCUUUGAUCCGUAUGACAGCAGAUGGGCGUUUACCUUUGGCAGAACAACGAGGCUAUAAAAACGUUUUUGAUGCACUGAUUAGAAUGACUAGAGAAGAAGGUGUAUUGACUCUUUGGCGUGGUUGUAUUCCUACCAUAGGUCGUGCUAUGGUCGUCAAUGCAGCACAGUUAGCUUCCUAUUCACAAGCCAAGCAGCUGCUUCUGUCGACAAGUUAUUUUAAUGACAAUAUAAUGUGUCAUUUUGCUGCCAGCAUGAUUAGUGGCCUCAUCACUACUGCAGCAUCUAUGCCUGUUGAUAUUGCAAAGACAAGAAUCCAGAAUAUGAAGGUAAUUGAUGGAAAACCUGAGUAUCGUGGUGCAUUGGAUGUAUUGGCAAAGGUUAUUCGGAAUGAAGGAUUGUUCAGCCUUUGGAAAGGAUUCACCCCAUAUUAUGCGCGGUUGGGCCCCCACACUGUUUUAACAUUCAUCUUUCUGGAGCAGAUGAACCAGUUUUACCGAGUAUAUGUCCUCCAGGACAAAUCAUCAGGAGGUGGAGGACUUUAAAGAAUUAAGAGUAUGAAACUACUUACUGUCAACAGUAGAAAAGAUGUUACAUCAUCUAACUCUUGCUUUGUAGAAUGAGUGUUUUGGUGAAACUUUUGUAGGAUAAUGCUUUGUUGUUUUUUUUCUUAUAAAUGUAUUUUGAUAGUGUCCUACAAACUUAACAUUGCCCAAUGUAAGCAUUUUUGUUAGGUCUUCACAGCAAAGCUAAGAUACAGGAUCAGGUUGUUGUUUAGUGGUAGCAUGUUUGAUUAUAAGUAUUGCUUUACACAAGGAAUUCAAACAGUGGUUAAUGAAACUAUUAAUAUCUCGAAGCACUCAUGUUCUCAUAUGGAGUUACAAAAUAUUCUUCAGGCAAAUUGAAUGUAAGAAAAUGCAAAAAAGUAGCAGAAAUAUAUAUAUAUGUAAAUUUGUUUCUUUCAAUGGUUUUUAUGGUUAUCAAUUAAACCAAUUACAGGAAACACAUUUGUAAGUUGUUCAAUUGUGAUAGCUCUACAUUAACAGUGGAAAAAGGGAGGUGUUUCUGUAGAAAACUGUUUUCAACUCUUAAAAUCAUCGGCCAAAAGUGUUUCUUGGAUAAGAGGUAUUUAAACAGAGUGAACAAGUUUAACAAGUUUUGUGAUAAAAAAAAACAACAACAACUUUUUGUUUGAAACUGAUGUACAACUUUGAUAUCUAUGGUAAUAUUAGAAAGAACUUUAUCUUUUAACUUGUUAAUUGUACCAUACUUCCUUCUAAAGCCAUGUAACUUUCUUGACAUUAAAUAGUUUUUAAACUAGCUUCUCUAAUAGCCUAAAGAAAAUAAACUGGUGUUAGUAAAAUUCUAAUUAACUCAUAAAUCCCUAUCUAUGAAUGUAAAUGUUAGCUAAUGUACAAACUAAUUUUGCCAAAAAAAGAUGAAAAAAAAAAGUAGGCCAAAUUAUGAAUCGAGAUUGUUUUUUUGAAAGAUGCAGGGGCUGUCAGAACAAGUUGGUUAAUUAUGACACCAAACAUCAUCUAUCAUAAUGUUGACUUGUGCAGUACAUAAGUAAGUCCUGUAGUUUUGGUAAAAAUUUUCAGAGAAUCAUUAACAGUAACUUAAAAUAUCAUUGUAAAAGAUCGUAUCACCAUUAUAUUAUGUUCACGAGUGCAAUUCAUUGUUGUGUAAUGUUCAUCAUAGACAGUUUUCCAAGUUUAUGCUAAGUUCCAUGGUUACAGUUGCUGCAAUAUUAUGUUCUUUCAUCUUGUAGCUAUAUAGGUUAAAAGUUCCUAUUGCUUUAAUCACAGAGUUUAUAGAUUUUACUUAAGAUUUAUUUAUAUGAAAUUAUAAUAUAUGGAUUAUGUAUGCAUUAAUUUAUACAUUUAAAUUUGGAGGUAUUGUUAGUUGAAAGGAAACAUUUGGUUUUAAAGAUGCAUUCAUUUUACACGAAUUUCUUUCGAAAGGCAAAAAUGGCAAGUUUCAACUUGUAUCUUUCCCUAACAAGCUUUAUCCAGUGGUACCAGCUUAGCACGCUCCACCCUGAAGCAGUGGAAAAAGUACUUAAUAUUUAAAAAAUUAAAAUAAUAAACUGACCACUGAAAUAUAUAUUAAACCAAAAAGAACUUAAGUUAUGUCAGUCUUCUCACCAAAAUUGAAAAAUACCAUAUCCAUUAUUACUUAUUAUUGAAUUUUUAAGGCAGUUCAAAUAUUGUUACUCUGUUUGAAGUUAGUUUUUUAGGACACCAGUAACUUAGGAAUAUCAGUCAUAAAUGAAUAUUUAUAGUAAUGCAACUAAUAAAAAUAUCCAAUAAAGGCAAACAUCCAUUUUGCCAGUAGCUGUUAUUUGAUGGAAUAUAUUUUCACUUAAUACCAUAAUUUUAACACUGUGUUAUUGCUUAUAAGUUUUUGAACUUCCAUCUUUAGGCUAGAAACCUAGAUCUAAUUAUCUCUCUUUCAGAUUUAUAUGAGUGGAAUUAAUUAAUUGUGAGUAAACAUUAUCAGAAUGUAAGAUAUAUUAUCAACCUGUCAGAAUGUGUGAACUCUAACACAGUGAAAGACUAUCCAGUGGUUGUGAUCUUACUAACCAAAAAUUAUCAAUAAAAAAUAUGAAUUUGUUUCUUUUGUAAUGAAUUUUUUUUUACUUUAUUAAUUAUAUGAAAUUUUAUUAAUGUAAGAUUCACAAAUAAAACUACUGUGAAACAACAAUAUGCUUAUCUUUCAUCACAGUGAUUGUUAUUUUUAAUUAUACUUCAUAAAAACAAAUGAAUUGAUAUAAGAUAAUAAAAUGGGACCAUUAGAUCAAUCUUUUAACUUUUUUUUACUUUAGAACCUUAUGUAAAAUUCUUGAAUAGAGUUGCAUUCUUCUGCCACUCAUGUUUCAUUUUUUUUUCAAUAUAUAAAAUGGAAAAUUAGCAUUAACUAAAUGCAGUACACUUGUGUUGAGGGACUUAGUGGGGACUUGGAGUUAUAAGUAACUAAAUGCAGUACACCUGUGGUUGAGGCCCUUAGUGGGGACUGUGGGCUACUGACUAUAAUAUUAAACAUUAAUAAUUUCAUUAAAAUGUAAAAAUCUAUCGAUCUGACAGCCACAAACACUGCAGAAUGUGGACUUUCUAAUGAUUCUAUACACUAAGUGAUAAGCUACAGAUUCUGGCAUCUAUCAAGUUAAUGUUAUGUCUGUUAUACAUAUGUAUCUGUAUUUGAACAAUUCAUUAGAAGUUUGAGUUACAUGAAUGUCAUAAUACCAGUGACAGUUGCUUUAAUCCCUUCCAAUAUUUUAUGCAGGAAAUUGAAUAGAAACCAUAUUUAUAUUGUGUAGUAAGAUAUAUGGAAAUAUUUGUAUUGGAAGAACUGGAUACUAUAAAAGUCUUGUUUGAUGUCUCCAAGUUUUCAAUGUUCGUUUUUUUAAAUUAUGUUGCAUACCAUACACUUCAGUAUCGUUUUCAAAGAUAUAGUUAUGGAAUUUUUUUUUGUACCUCAUUUAUUAUUAACAACAUUAAAAAUGGUAAUUAUUAUAACUGCUGUUUACAUUUUAAAGUAUGUGAAAUCUAGUGGAGAGCUGUCAGUUAUGAAGGACAUGUAAGCAUGGACCUCAAAAUUUUAGUGUGAGCAUGAGCCAAAGUUUCUUGGUUCAAGUCCUGGUCAAGGUAGACUAGUGUGAGCAUGAGCCAAGGUUUCUUGGUUCAAUUCCUGGUCAAGGUAGACGAGUGGGAGUGUGAGCCAAGGUUCCCUGAUUCAAGUCCUGGUCAAGGUAGACUGGUGUUUAUCUUUGUUUGGUUAUUAUAGUGUGGAAGCUAAUUAUGUGAUAAACCAAUGCCAGGUUCAUGCAUGUGAUCUUAUAGUUUCACAGAGAUGGAGGAAGCAUUCAAUGUAUAUAUGUACUGGAGGUGAAGAGCUCACCAGUAAUGUUAGAAUAUAAUAUAUAAUAACAAAAUAAAAUGUGCAUUUAAUUACACAAUAUAAUAUAUAAUAACAAAAGAAAAUGUACAUUUAAUUAAGUUGAACAGCUUUAAUUAAAAAUAUUACACGUUUCAAAGAUGAAUUCUGAUCAUUCUUAAGCAGUCAGACAAAAGCACAACAUGUUCUUUUUUAUUAUUAAAAUGUAGAAGUAACAGUAUACCACUUAAGAACCUGUAACCCAAGAUAAACAUCUAUGUGUUAUUAUUUUUCAGCUAUAAGCUUUAUUUAGGAUGUUUACUUGCAUAGUGACAAUUGCUAAAUUGAAUUGUAAGUUUUUAUUCUUGUGAAUAGAGCCCUGUAAGAUGAUAUACAGCCAAAGCAUAGAGCCAAUAAAAUUCUUGAAAAUCUGU